GUGACACCAAUCAUAUGUAUUUUCACGUAUCGACAAAUUACCAACUGCUGUAUAACAAAUCAUUGCAUAGAUAGCCUCAAUACCUUAUAUUUUUUUUUUACUACAUAUACAAAAAGACUCGCAAACAGAGCAUAAGUCACUAAGAGAAGCUCUGCUGAGAAGAAGAAGAAGUAGAAAACAAACAAAGAGAUGGUUUUCUCAGUUUCCUUAUUUGCCUCUCUUGCACCAUACGUAGUCUCUGCUUUGCUUCUCUUCCUUCUAAUCGAGCAACUCUCUUACCUUGGCAAGAAACGUCACCUCCCUGGCCCUUUCUUUGUCCCUCCGGUCAUCGGAAACGCCGUUUCACUCGUCCUUGACCCGACUUCCUACUGGGACAAGCUAUCCGCCACGGCGGGAACUUCCCCUGGCCUCUCUGCCAACUACCUCAUAGGAAAAUUCAUCAUCUACAUCAGAGACACUGAGCUUUCCCAUCAAAUCUUCUCCAACGUUCGUGUCGAUGGAUUUCACCCUCUCGGACAUCCUUUUGGCAAACAGCUCUUUGGUGACCACAGCCUCAUCUACUUGUUCGGUGAGGAUCACAAAUCCGUUCGCCGUCACCUUGCUCCUAACUUCACCCCCAAGGCACUCUCAACCUACUCUGAUCUCCAACAAUUAGUUAUGCUCCGUCAUCUUAAGCAGUGGGAGGAAAGUUUCUCCGGCGGAACUAAGCCGGUGGCUAUGCGAGAUCUUGUCCGUGAACUCAAUCUUGAGACUUCUCAAACGGUUUUCGUCGGACCCUACCUUGACAAAGAAGCUAGGAGUGCGUUCCGUACUGAUUACAACCUGUUCAAUGUCGGAUCAAUGGCGCUACCGAUCAACCUCCCUGGCUUCGCGUUCAGCAAAGCUCGCCGGGCGGUGAUGAAUCUAGAGGAGACACUCACCUCAUGCGCCGGAAAAUCAAAAACGAGGAUGGCGAAAGGGGAGGAGCCGACAUGUUUAAUCGAUUUUUGGAUGCAUGCAAUCGUGGCAGAGAUAGAGUCCGGUAAUCCUCCGCCGGUUCACUCGGAAGACGAGGCCAUCGGCGGUCUUCUCUUCGAUUUUCUCUUUGCCGCGCAAGACGCUUCCACGUCAUCACUCCUUUGGGCGGUGGCGUUUCUUGAAUCAAACCCGGAAGUGCUAAGCAAAGUGAGGGAGGAAGUGGUCAAGAUCUGGACGCCUGAGUCCGGGAAGCUAAUCACGGCAGAUCAGCUCGCCGAGAUGAAGUACACGCGAGCUGUGGCGCGUGAGGUCGUGAGGUACCGGCCACCGGCAACUAUGGUGCCACACAUUGCUACCAAUGAUUUCCCACUCACGGAAUCAUACACUAUCCCAAAAGGUACGAUAGUGUUUCCCUCGGUCUUUGACUCCUCGUUCCAAGGGUUUACUGAACCGAACCGGUUCGAUCCUGACCGGUUUAGCGAGACAAGGCAAGAGGACCAGGUGUUCAAACGCAACUACCUAGCUUUUGGAUGGGGUGCGCACCAGUGCGUGGGGCAGCGUUACGCGCUCAACCACUUGGUGCUCUUCAACGCAAUGUUCUCAUCUUCGUUUGAUUUCAAGAGGCUUCGAUCGGACGGCUGCGAUGAUAUCAUAUACUGCCCCACGAUAUCGCCAAAGGACGGGUGCACCGUGUUCUUGUCCAAACGUAUCCCAACCUCUCCUUGAAUUGAUUUUAAAUUUUAAAGAAUAAAUUUAUUAUUGGUGAUAAGAGUGAAGAUAUUAUCAAAGUUUGUGAUCGUGAUGUCUCUCUUCAGGUGAAGUCCCCUAGGGGGAGAUAAUGUCUUGCUGAAUUUGAGAGGAGAGAUGUCGUUUUAUUGCCAUCAGAUCUGUCGUAUCUCUUAAAUGUGUUUUGUUUGGUCCCAGUGAAGUUAUCACGUGUUUUGUGUAUGUUAUGUCAUUGUCAUAUCUCUAUUCUUCCUUUAAAAUAAAUAUCAAUGAGGCCUAGCUAGUGGCUAGUGGUACAAAUA